AUGGACUUUUUCAUUGACGACAAGGUAAUUGAGGUGCCUGUGAGUGAGGGAAAGUACGUUUGUCCAUUUGCCCAGCAAAGAGGAGGGUUUAGAUAUAUGACAAUAUCGACCAGAAGCCAUGGUGAAGUUGCGCUCAAAAAAGUCUAUACCACUAUGAACAACAUGCCCAGUUUGAAAGAGAAUUUGAGAGACUACUCGGGCUAUUUUCACUCGAAUGACGAUUUGUGUAAUACCAUAUGGUACGCUGGAGCAUACACCAUUCAACUUUCCAUUAUACCUGCCAACAGUGGAAGAAGAAAUGACAUUGUAAUGCCAUCUACGGGAUGGUCUAAUGAUGUUCGAUGUGGUUACGGGUCUGAAGUUUUGGUAGAUGGCGCAAAAAGGGACCGAAGUGUUUGGUCUGGUGACAGAUCUAUCUCCCAAUUGAGUGAGUUUAUUGCAUUCAAUAGUGAAUGUGGAAAGACAGGUACUGACUGGAUUUUGAAUCAUCAGCUCGAGAAUGGUAAGUUUCCCUAUGCUUGUGACCCAAUCUACAUCUAUGGCUCCGAUACGUACCAUAUUUGGACCAUGGUUUCAAUUUACAAUACAUUUUUUUUGAACAAUAAUUCGCAAGAGUGGUUGGAAAAUGCAUGGGAAAAAUACAAGAAGGGUAUUUCUUACAUUUGGCCCCAAGUUGAUCACACUGGUACGCUAAAGAUAAAGCAAGGGUUGGACUGGGGAAGACCACCAAUUGAAGAUCACUCAAUGUCUGCCAAUUGUAUUUUGUAUCGUGCUCUUGUUAAUGGUGUGGAGUUGGCAGAGUUGGUCCAUGACACGGCAACGUCAAAACUUUACUCUGAAAGAGCUACAAGCUUGAAAAAGAGUAUCAAUGAAACGUUGUGGGACGAAGAAGCAGGAUUGUUUUUCGAUAACGAGAAAAGUUCUGUGCAUCCUCAGGACGGUAACUCAUUAGCGCUUGUUCAUGAUGUUGCUUAUGAAGACAGAAAAGAUCGAAUUUCCAAAGAGUUGACGAAAAAUUGGAAUGAGUAUGGCGCUGUGGCUCCUGAGUCAGAGGGAAUGAUAUCUCCUUUCAUAUCUUCAUUUGAACUUUUAGCCCAUACUUCCACUGGAAAUGUUGACAGAUCUUUUGAAUUGUUUCGUAAAAUGUGGGGAUACAUGUGGAAUGCCGACUACGGAGUGAGAUCGUCACUCAUUGAAGGUUAUUUCAAAGACGGUUCUUGCAAGUAUCCUUUCACAUUCUAUGAUCCUGCUUAUAUUUCGCAUUGUCAUCCUUGGGCUACCGGUCCUACUAUUUGGCUCACUUUUGACGUGGUUGGGUUGAAGUUUACUGACCAUCGUCACAAGCUUUGGACUUUUUCACCCAAAGGAGUUUACGCUGAAGGUAGCUUGGACUUUGCAAUGACAGGUUUUAGGUCCCAUGAAAGUGGUUUCAUUAGUGCGGGAUGGAAAAAAGUAACUGAAAAGAUUCUUCUUAUGGCAAUCAAAGUUCCAGAGAAGACGCAAGGAAGCAUUGGAGUGCCAAUUAGAGAGGGCUCAGAGAUAUGUAAAGUUGAAGUCGACGACGAGAAGAUCUCAAAAGAUUUGGACUCUACGGGUUCUCAUUUACUUAUUCCGAGAAUUGGUAGUGGAAACCAUGCGGUUCUCGUAUACUAUAGCUAG